CGCGUUGCGUUUUUUAUUACCGACUAAUGGAGUCGAUAAAAGGUAAUUUUUAGACACAGUAAGCAUGUGGAAAAAGAUAUGACUGUAUCGUCGGUCCUAGUUUUACUCAACUUGUUGGGUCUAACGUCUUGCCAAGAUCGUAUCGUCGGCGGCAGGGAGGCCAAUAUUCAAGAUUUUCCGUAUCAGCUGGCUCUGAGCUUCAACGGGAUCCCGAUUUGCGGAGCGGUGCUGAUUAGCGCCGAGUACGCGCUCAGCGCCGCGCAUUGCAUUUCCAAGCAAGGGCAAUUCGCGGUGAGGGCGGGAUCCGACUCACCCCGUAAGGGCGGGACCGUCACGUUCGUCUCGAACGCCCUCCUUCACCCGAACUGGGCCGGCCAGCACGACUUCGACAUCUCGAUUUUGAAGCUAAGCCCCAAACUGGAACUGUCGGACAAAAUCCGCGCGAUAAAGUUGCCGGAGGCGGGGGAGGCAGCGAAUCCGGGCACGGUGGCAGUUGUGUCGGGAUGGGGGGCCCAAUUCUCUUACGUCCAGGGGCUCACGCCGCAGCUCAGGUCGGUAGAGGUCACGAUCCUGGAACGUCGGCCGUGCCAGUUCAGUUACAAGUGGUUGGCGAUCACCCCGAGGAUGUUCUGCGCGGGGUACAUGGGCGGCGGCAAAGACUCCUGCCAGGGUGAUUCCGGGGGCCCGCUCGUCAUCGACAACAAACUAUACGGCUUGGUCAGUUUCGGUUUGAGUUGCGCUAAACCAGGCUACCCCGGCGUGUACACGAACGUGCCGGAACUGCGCGAAUACAUCCGAAUCAACACGGGCGUGUGACGAAAUAAAACGCUUGUUCU